AUGCAGAUACUAUUACUGUAUGAUCAUUGGGGUGAUCCACAAAUGGUUGUCGAUGCUUGCUAUCAAUUUAUUUUCACAACUGCUUUUACCGCAAGAGUAUUGCAUAAUAUUUGGAAUCAGGACAGAUUGCAACAAUUGUAUAUAGCCAUCGAUAAACACUGGGACAUAUUUACAAGUGAUGUGGAUGUUCAAAUCAUGAAACAUUACGCUAUGCUUUCACGAAGAUUUACAACAGUUUUCUCGAAUAUUAUUGUGAACAAAGACAUAUUCUUACGAAAUGUUGCAGCGCUAUUGUUUUUCACAGUGUUAAUAUUUGUGACAAUACCAUUAAUACCAGUAUUAUUAGACACAGUACUACCUCUUAAUGAAUCACGUCCGCGAAUCUUUGCGGUCGAAGUCGAAUUCAGAGUGAAUAAAGAUGAUUACUUUUUAAUAAUGUUUUGUUACACUACCAUUGUAGUUAUAAUAGGUUUAAACAUUUCAAUUGGUGUUGAUACAAUGCACAUAGCCUGCACCGCUCAUGCAUGCAGUUUAUUUAGCGCUGUCAGUAAACAAAUUGAGAAUAUAAUUUCCAAAGCCUAUAAUAACAAUAAAAUAAGCAAAUGUGGAUAUCGUAUAAAUAUGGAACUUAAUCCAUUUAAUGAGGAAAUAAUAUACCGGGAAUAUAUAAUAUGUUUAAAGAAAUAUCAGCUUGCUUUAGAAUUUGUUAAUAUAUUGGAAUCAUCAUUUCAAGGACUUUCAUUACUUUUAUUACUAUUAAUGAUUGGAAAUAUAAGUCUAAUCGGAGUCCGAUACAUCGGAGAGCAAGUAUUAGUCAUGUUAGCGAAUUUUCAGCGAGAGUAUAACAUAAACCGAGUAUUUUUAUCGAUCUCAGGUCUCUGGCUGUUUCAAAGUAAAAAUGUAAGAAAUUCAUUACGGACUGUCUGCUUGCUAAUGGAAAUAAGUUCCUAUCCGUUUGAGAUACUAUUACUGUAUGAUCAUUGGGGUGAUCCACAAAUGAUUUUCGAUGCCUGCUAUCAAUUUAUUUUCACGACUUCUUUUAUCGCAAGAGUCUUGCAUAAUAUUUGGAAUCAGGACAGAUUGCAACAGUUGUGUAUAGCCAUUGAUAAACACUGGGACAUAUUUACAAAUGAUGUGGAAGUUCGAAUCAUGAAAGAUUACGCUAUGAUGUCACGAAGAUUCACAAUAGUUUUCUCGAUGCUAUUGUUUUUCACAGUGUUAAUAUUUGUGACAAUACCAUUAAUACCAGUAUUGUUAGACUCAAUGCUACCUCUUAAUGAAUCACGUCCACGAGUUUUUGCGAUCGAAGUCGAAUUCAGAGUGAAUAAAAAUGAUUAUUUUUUAAUAAUGUUUUGUUACACUACCGUUGUAGUUAUAAUAGGUUUAAAUAUUUCAAUUGGUGUUGAUACAAUGCACAUGACUUGCACCGCUCAUGCAUGCAGUUUAUUUGCUGCUGUCAGUAAACAAAUUGAAAAUAUAAUUUCCGAAACUUAUAAUAACAAUAAAAUCAGCAAAUGUGGAUAUCAUGUAAAUAUGGAACUUAAUCCAUUUAAUGAGGGAAUAAUAUACCGGGAAUAUAUAACAUGUUUAAAGAAACAUCAGCUUGCUUUAGAAUUUGUUAAUAUAUUGGAAUCAUCAUUUCAAGGACUUUCAUUGCUUUUAUUACUAUUAAUUCUUGGAAAUAUAAGUCUAAUCGGAGUCCGAGUAAGUAUUAUAGAAAUUAUUUCUAUAAAAUAUCUUGAAGAGAUAUUAUAUGCUGCAGAAUGGUACAAAUUUUCGCCUCGAUUAAAAUCUUUGCUGAUGAUGACCCUUUACAGAAGUAAUAUUCCAUGUGGAUUGAAGGCAGGUAACAUGAUUCCGUUAUCCAUCGCGACCUAUGCUGCGGUAAGUAAAAUGCGCAAAGGUAGUACGAAUUGCCAUGUCUUACUUUGCUGCGUUUAA